AGGACAGACAAUUCCUCAGUGACCCAGGAGCUGACACACUAUGGCGCACGUCCGAGGCCUGCAGCUGCCUGGCUGCCUGGCCCUGGCUGCCCUGUGUAGCCUUGUGCACAGCCAGCAUGUGUUCCUGGCUCCUCAGCAAGUGUUCCUGGCUCCUCAGCAAGCGCUGUCGCUGCUCCAGCGGGUCCGGCGAGCCAGCAGCGGCUUCCUGGAGGAGGUGUUCAAGGGCAACCUGGAGCGAGAGUGCAUGGAGGAGAUGUGCAGCUACGAGGAGGCCUUCGAGGCUCUGGAGUCCUCCACGGCCACGGAUGCUUUCUGGGCCAAGUACACAGCUUGUGAGACGGUGAGGACGUCUCGAGAUACGCUUGCUGCAUGUCUGGAAGGUAACUGUGCUGAGGGUCUGGGUACGAACUACCGAGGGCAUGUGAACAUCACCCGGUCAGGCAUUGAGUGCCAGCUAUGGAGGAGUCGCUACCCACAUAAGCCUGAAAUCAACUCCACCACCCAUCCCGGGGCCGACCUGCAGGAGAAUUUCUGCCGCAACCCUGACGGCAGCACCACAGGACCCUGGUGCUACACUACAGACCCCACCGUGAGGAGGGAGGAAUGCAGCAUCCCUGUCUGUGGCCAGGAUCAAGUCACUGUAGCGAUGACUCCACGCUCCAGAGGCUCCAGUGUGAAUCUGUCACUUCCAUCGGAGGAGUGUGUCCCUGAUCGGGGGCGGCAGUACCAGGGGCGCCUGGCAGUGACCACACAUGGGCUCCCCUGCCUAGCCUGGGCCAGCGCGCAGGCCAAGGCCCUGAGCAAGCACCAGGACUUCGACUCGGCCGUGCAGCUGGUGGAGAACUUCUGCCGCAACCCAGACGGGGAUGAGGAGGGCGUGUGGUGCUAUGUGGCCGGGAAGCCUGGUGACUUUGAGUACUGCGACCUCAACUAUUGUGAGGAGGCCGUGGAUGAGGAGACAGGAGAUGGGCUGGGUGAGGACACAGACAGGGCCAUCGAAGGGCGUACCGCCACCAGUGAGUACCAGACUUUCUUCGAUCCGAGGACCUUCGGCUUGGGAGAAGCAGACUGUGGGCUGCGACCUCUGUUUGAGAAGAAGUCGCUGGAGGACAAAACUGAAGGAGAACUCCUGGAAUCCUACAUCGACGGGCGCAUUGUGGAGGGCUGGGAUGCAGAGAUCGGCAUGUCACCUUGGCAGGUGAUGCUUUUCCGGAAGAGUCCCCAGGAGCUGCUGUGUGGGGCCAGCCUCAUCAGUGACCGCUGGGUCCUCACCGCCGCCCACUGCCUCCUGUACCCGCCCUGGGACAAGAACUUCACUGAGAAUGACCUUCUGGUGCGCAUUGGCAAGCACUCCCGCACCAGGUAUGAGCGAAACAUUGAAAAGAUAUCCAUGCUGGAAAAGAUCUACAUCCACCCCAGGUACAACUGGCGGGAGAACCUGGACCGGGACAUUGCCCUGAUGAAGCUGAAGAAGCCCGUUACCUUCAGCGACUACAUCCACCCUGUGUGCCUGCCCGACAGGGAGACGGCAGCCAGCUUGUUCCAGGCUGGAUACAAGGGGCGGGUGACAGGCUGGGGCAACCUGAAGGAGACGUGGACGGCCAACGUUGGUAAGGUGCAGCCCAGUGUCCUGCAGGUGGUGAACCUGCCCAUCGUGGAGCGGUCGGUCUGCAAGGACUCUACUCGGAUCCGCAUCACUGACAACAUGUUCUGUGCUGGUUACAAGCCUGGUGAAGGGAAACGAGGGGAUGCCUGUGAAGGCGACAGCGGGGGACCCUUUGUCAUGAAGUCGGCUGAAUCUGCAGAUGCAAAACCCACAGAUCUGGAGGGCCACCUGUAUAUUAAAAGAACCUUUUCAUCCUGAAGAGUUUUUCUGACUGUGGAGGGAGGUCUUGUGGAAUUUAUUCCAGAGGUGAAUACUCAGCUCACUUUCUCAUCCUUACUCUGACUGAACGUGAAGCAACUAUUAGCCUGGACCAAAAGAGACUCAUAUAACCAAGCAGGAAACCACUAAGCUGUCCCAAACUCCAUGAGUCAAAUGAACACAAAUCUAGUUGUAGUGUGAGAACCACUGAGGCCCAGCCAAUCUCGGCGCAAUCUUGUGUGCUUUUGGUCAGCAAAGUGGUAGGAUGCCCAAGAGCUCCUUCAAAUGACUGGUGAUGAGCAGAGGGAAAUCAUGACCAAAAUCUCAAAACAAGGAAGGAUGAGAUUUUUCUGCUCCCUAGGAGCUGCAUGUGGAGAGCAGGAAAGGAGAGUUCCUUCCAUUCCAAAGGAAUAAAAGACAGCUUCAAGUCUGUGAGCCAAGAAAAAGGGAAGCUCUGUA